CCCCCGGCGUCUUCCUUUACGUUCUUUCCUCUCGCCUUUAUCCGGUCCCUCAACGCUGCAGAGUCGCAGAGAUGCCCAGCUCGCUCUUCGCCGACAACAGCGUUCAGGGAGAUGCACUGGACGACCAGAGAGCUCUGCAAAUCGCCCUCGAUCAGCUCUCCCUGCUCGGCUUGGACAACGACGAGAAUCCCCCGUACGACAACCAGGAGCCCCGGAAAAAGAGCGUCAACAUGACCGAAUGCGUCCCAGUUCCUAGCUCUGAGCACGUGGCUGAGAUUGUUGGCAGACAGGGUUGCAAGAUCAAAGCACUGCGAGCAAAGACCAACACCUACAUCAAGACCCCAGUUCGAGGCGAGGAGCCUGUUUUUGUGGUAACAGGCAGGAGGGAAGACGUGGCUAUGGCCAGGAGGGAGAUCAUCUCUGCUGCUGAACACUUCUCCAUGAUCCGAGCCUCCAGGAACAAAAAUACUGGUCUGAAUGGGAGCAGCACCCCAGUUCCUGGACCACCCAAUCUGCCUGGACAGACCACCAUCCAGGUGCGGGUGCCUUAUCGUGUAGUGGGGCUGGUUGUAGGCCCAAAAGGUGCCACCAUCAAGCGCAUCCAGCAGCAGACCCACACCUACAUUGUGACACCCAGCCGAGACAAGGAGCCGGUGUUUGAGGUGACGGGGAUGCCGGAGAAUGUGGACCGAGCACGUGAAGAAAUCGAAGCCCACAUCGCCAUGAGGACAGGAGGCCUAAUUGAGCUCCAGGAUGAAAAUGACUUCCAUGCCAAUGGGACUGAUGUGGGUUUUGAUCUGCAUGGACACGCCACCCUAUGGUCCAAGCCAAACGCCGGGAUGACCCCCACGUCAGUGCGUAAACCCUUCUCCAACUACCGCAACAACUCGUCCUCCUCCCUGGGCAGCGGCUCCACGGAUUCCUACUUUGGUAACAGCAGCUCACGUAUGGCAGACUACAGCCCUCCCAGCCCCACACUCAGUUAUGCCACAACCAACAAUAACAGCAACAACAAUAACAACAACAUCAGUGUCAACACCAACGGCAACGGGUUUGUUUAUGGAAGUGAGUUGAUCUCACCUGACUGCACUGAACUGACUUUUGACUCCGUGUCAGGGUUUGACCCUACGCUAACCCCACCAGGCCUCCUGUGGUCCCAGUACGAUAGUCGCAUGACCCCCUCCUCCACUGGAGGCAGCUCCCCCACCUUGACCUCAGCCAUAUUCCCCACCAACACCUCCACUAAUGCCAAUGUGAUAGUGGUUAGUCAGAAAAGGUUGGAAGGUUGUACCCCACAGCCCAGACUGUCGCCUCCCCUCCACAGCCACACGGGAGGAUCCAGUGAGCACCCGUUAGCCCGGAGGGUGCGCAGCGACCCAGGCGGAGGCCCGCUCAGUUUCCCUGGCUAUUCCAGCAUUAUUGCCUCCCUGCAGGGCCCUCACCUCCCUGGGGUUCCAUGCGAUUCCUCUGCCUCGUCGUCGUCGUCCUCGUCAUCCUCUUCCUCCUCCUCCACUUCCUCUGGCACUAGCCGAAAAGGCAGUCGCGACUGCUCGGUGUGCUUUGAGAGUGAGGUCAUUGCGGCCCUGGUCCCCUGUGGACACAACCUCUUCUGUAUGGAAUGUGCCAAUCGUAUCUGUGAGAGGAGUGAACCCAAAUGCCCUGUCUGCCACACUGGCGUUACUCAGGCUAUACGUAUAUUUUCAUAAAAAGUGAAACUCUGUGACUGUCUCUUUAUUGAGACAGUCUACAAUAGCAACAAACAGACUCCUCAUACUGCUUUAAUGAAAUCACCCAAUCAUCAGUUUGGAAAUGUACAUAGAUAUAUAUAUGUAUGUGAGAGGCUGCAGUAUCCAGAAGAAGGGACAGGCACCCUUUUUGGGCUCCGUCAUAGUUUUUGCUAAAGAUACUGUAGCUUGGGGAAAUAUUUUCUGCAUCUAAGUGCAUGUUUUAAAUGUUACAGCAUAGUAAUCAAUAGUUCUAGUAAAUUGUACCCUAUAUUUAUGAAGUGAAGAGGCACAGUGGGGUCAAACGGAGAUGCGUGGGUCAAACUGUAGACUGUUAGCUGGCUGAGCCCUCCAGUUUUGCUGAUCAAAUGUAGUAAGGAGAGGCCAUGGCUAGGAAACAUGGAAGGCCUCUAGCCAAACAGGACUUUUGACUUAGCAAGAUACUGCAGCUUAAGGUCAGAAACCAUGCAAGGGACGGAAACAACAUAUCCUACAUAUAUAUGAAUAGAAUCAAUUUCCACAAGUUGAGUUUUAAAUGACAUUAAUACAGAUUGAAGUAUUUUAUUCGUUUUUUGACUUGAAAGAUUAUAUUUCUUAUUGCAAAGAUGUUUACAGAUAUUUUAAUUUAAGUUCAGUGAACUUUUUGUAGCUGGGUUGAAAUAUUGUUUAUUUUUUAGUAUGGCCUUAUGGCAUUGAUCACUGUAUUAUUUUAAUAUCCCAUGACUGUGGGAGAAAACCCACAUCCACAAAAUGUGUAUUGCAUUUGACAGUAUUCUGUUGGUAUGGAGUUUUCAUAGGUUCAGCAAAAAAAAUGUGUUUCACAUCUGCGUCACCCAGAAUAUUUUUUAUUCAGUAAUAUAAAGCCUAUUUUAUUCUAUAUUAAUAUGAAACAUUGAAAUGUACAAAACUUAGUAAGUUGAACACAAAGAAACUGUUUAUGCUUUCUAAAAUUUGUAUGAAUUAGAUUCCAGUGGGAAUUACAGGCUUCUGUUGCACCACUAUAGUUUUCGUAUUUCUAUUUUAAUACAUUUGUUUACCACUUGUUUAUGUAUAUGAAGGUGAAGUUACUUGAGGGUAAAUGUACUUUAUUGAGCAAAGUUUAAGAACAAAGUAUAUAUUUUAUUUUAUGAUAAAGGGCCUUUAACCUCAUGGUCAAAUACUAAUAUUAUAUUUGCUGAGACAAGAUUUGGAAAUGUUUCAAGAGUUUUAUUUUUCUGACAUUUAAAGUUAUACAUGAUAAAAAGUAAAUCUUAAGUAAUGGUGCUACAUCAUGUUUUUUUUAAGUAUUUCUAUACAAGUCCAAUAAAAAAAUGGUACAUUUA